AUGGCAGAUUCUAAUCGGAUAGAGGACCUUAUCAAACGUCCUCUUUAUGGUCAGUUCACUCUGUUUAUGAUUGGAGAGAGGCAACAUUUGCUAAUUUGCGCAGUCUAUGAUCUGCCUUCGGAGCUUCUUGCGACUCUGCGCGCCAAAACCGCGAAUCACGCAGGUGCUGCGCAAUCCCCCGAGUCGGCCCUUGUUCAAGUCGACGAUCCAGAGCUCGCCGCUCAGGAAGCUACUGUCGCAACAACCACACAAUGUUCUCUUUGCAAAGUAACAUACUCCAAUGUGCAAGAGCAGCGCAGUCACGUUCGCUCUGACCAUCAUCGCUAUAACAUCAAAGCGCAAUUGCGGGGAAAUGAGCCUCUGGAUGAGCUCCAAUUCGCAAAAGCAGUGGGAGAACUUGACGAGUCAAUAUCAGGGUCAGAGUCGUCGGAAACGGAGGACGAUGACGCGGAUGGUGCCAACGACACCACGCUCACUGCCUUGCUGAAGAAACAGGCCAAGCUUACCGAAGCAAAUGACGAGGCAAUGGAAGGCGCGACAGCCAACGUCGAACAACAAGCACCUGUCUACCUGGUGGAAUCUCUGCAAAAGAAACAGCUGGAGCCCAUCAGACCGCAAGCGAAUCAGAACCACAGCCAGACUCAGCCGGCACCCAAGAGUCCACACGUUUUCAUGUGCAUGAUCGGCGGCGGUCAUUUCGCAGCCAUGUUGGUGUCGCUGGCGCCUGAGAUCCACCGCAAGCAGGGUGGUGCGGAAGAGAGACAGGCAAAGGUCAUUGCGCAUAAAACCUUCCAUCGAUACACAACGCGAAGAAAGCAAGGUGGCACUCAAUCGGCUAGCGAUGCGAGCAGAGGUGCUGCUCAAUCAGCAGGUUCCAGCCUUCGUCGGUACAACGAGGCCGCGUUGGAAAAGGAUAUUCGAGAGCUUCUUCACGACUGGCGAGAGAUGAUUGACAGUGCAGAGCUUCUCUUUGUGCGUGCUACCGGCAAGACCAACAGAAGAAUUCUGUUCGAGAAGUACGAGGGAAAUGUGCUAAAGCAAAAUGAUCCUCGACUGAGGGGAUUUCCUUUCAACACCCGCCGUGCCACACAAAGCGAGCUUUUGCGAUCCUUCAAGGAGCUCACUCGCGUUAAGAUUAGCGAGGUUGACGAGGCUGCGUUGGCUGCUGCCGCGGAAGCAGCUAAGCAGAAAGAGGAGUCCAAGAUAACUGUACCACGUCCACAGCCUCAAAAACCCAAGCUAACACAAGAAGAAGAGGCCGCUCUGUUACACACAACGCAAAUACAAGCUCUCAUCCGGCGUUCUAAGAUUCCGGCGUUGAUGACCUACCUGACGAAUAACUCUAUACCUGCGUCGUUCCAAUUUCAGCCGGUGGACUCACCGCAGAACUUCCGUUGCCCCACGCCUCUUCAUCUCGCUGCGAACAAUGACAAUGCCGCUGUCGUCGCCGCACUUCUUUCCCGCACAAAUGCAGACCCAACUGUGACCAAUGGAGAAGGACGCACACCAUUUGAGCUUUGUGGUGAGCGUCCGACUCGUGAUGCUUUCCGCAUUGCCCGUCAUGAGCUCGGCGAGUCAAAGUGGGACUGGACGGCAGCCAAAGUGCCACCCGCGAUCUCCAAGGCGGACGCAGUCAGUCGUCUUGAGAAGGAGAAGCAGGAAGCACUUGACGAAGAAGCAAAUCGUCGCAAGGCUAGUCUAGAACGCCUCAAACGAGAAGACGCGGAGAGAAAGGCCCAGCAACUUGCCAAGUCUGGCGGUAGACUUUUGGGAGCGAUGGAAAAGACCGCUGCCGAGAAACGUGAUGAGGAGACUCGAGGUAUGACCCCGGAGAUGAGGAUGCGGCUCGAAAGAGAACGGCGAGCGAGAGCAGCAGAGGAACGUUUCCGAAAGAUGCAGGGAAAUUGA